AUGCAGGUCGCCGCCGCCGAUAUCGACCAGGUGUUCGCACACACUACCAACUUGGCCUCGUGCAACCUAAACAGCAAGGUCCUGGCCUGCUCAAACGACUACUUCGCUUCAGUUGAUAACCUCCUAACUCCCACUCCCGCCAUCUCACGCCCCGGCGUCUUCAUUCAUACCGGUGCCUGGUACGAUGGCUGGGAGACCCGCCGCCAUAACCCGGAUCCCUACGACUGGGCCGUGAUCAAGCUGGGCGUUGCCGCAGCCUCUAUCCACGGCGUCGAAGUAGACACCGCAUUCUUCGUCGGCAACUACGGCGAGAAGGCCGAGCUACAAGCUACUUACGCACCGGAAGGUAGCGGCAUUACAGAUGCCCAGAUUGCAGACCCCAGCUUCGCCGGCUGGAAGACACUACUACCCGCUUCACCUUGCGGUCCCUCCCAGCGCCGCGCAUGGAAGUUAUCCGACGAGAUCAGCCAAUCCCCCUACACCCACUUCCGUCUUCUGAUGUACCCUGACGGUGGCUUCGCCCGUCUCCGCCUCUACGGCCACGCCAUUCCCCCUCCCGCCCCGGCUGCCUCUGCCUCUGCCCCCGUUGAAGAGCUCUCGUCUGCUCUCAAUGGCGGUGUGACUCUUGCUGCCUCCGACGAGCACUAUACACCCUCAUCUAACAUUCUGCUUCCUGGUCGCGGCAAGGAUAUGGGUGACGGAUGGGAGACUGCUCGCUCGCGCGCUGCUGGUCACGUCGAUUGGGUUAUUGCUAAGCUGGGCCUUCCUGGCUCGGUCUCCAAGGUUGUUGUUGACACCAAGGAUUUCCGUGGAAACUUCCCUCGCGCUGUGCGCGUGCACGGUCUGGUUGCUGGCACUGCUGGUGAAGGUGUGCCCUCGGCUGAUGAUGCCAACUGGGUUGAGAUCGUCAAGGGUGAUAAGCGCUGCCAGGCAGACACCGAGCAUGUCUUUGGGUCCGAUGAUCUCACUGCUGGUGGUGAGGAUACUCGGGUGUUCAGCCACGUCAAGCUGACUCUUGUUCCUGAUGGCGGUGUCAAGCGUUUCCGCGUCUUUGGUCGUCGCGCUUAG